GUUUUAAUCGGUGUCCAUUCGCAUUUCCCGUUCAGUUCAGCCAUGGCGAGCAGGUGGAGUCGUAAUGCUUCGUAUGGUGGUGGUUACUUGAGCAGUGGAGGGGUAGGUGUAGGUUUUUACAUGGGUGGUCCGCCGGCUGCUGAGCGGCGACCGUAUGCCCCAGUUGCGAAGCAGUUUUAUGGAGGUUACAGAGAAGACAAUUAUGGCCGGCGACCUGAACGCAGGGAUGAGUUCCGUGGAGUCAAGCGAGGACCGCCGAAAGGUCGGAGUCCCGUUGAAAAGCGUUAUCACGAUGCCCCUCCCGCAGGUCAGAGGCGUGACCAUCGUCCUUUUGGCAAAAGGCAAAGUCUAGGAAAAUACGAAGUGAAAAUGCCAAAGCUUUUGUUUAACAUACAGACGCGUGGGGCGACAGAAAUUCGGCAGAACUACCCACGCCUGAACGUCGCACCAGAUUUUUAUGAGUGCGACUCCACGUGGUGCGAAUCAUUCCCCAUGCAUAGCCCCUUCAAACUGGGCAAUGCUACGGACUACCAUGUUUUUCACCGAGACGUUGAUUCUCCAUCUCCGGCGGACUCAUCGCUGCUAAACCCUCCAGAUGCUGACUACUCCUACUCAUCGCGUGUGAUGCUGAUGGCUUGUCCUCAGCUCGCUGAGUUGUACAGAAACACCUGCCGCAUGGCGGAUGACCCCAUUGGGACCGAUAAGGUUCCUCCCGGCAAAAACAUUCACUUCCUUGUCGGUGGCCGGGCAAAAAGUGAAACCAUGGCUAUUGGUGGCCCCUGGUCUCCCAGCUUAGACGGCGCUGAUCCGUCAGAUCCUAUGACCCUGAUUAACACUGCCAUCAGAACUUUCAAGGGCUACACGGGCCUCGAUUUGUCCUCAUGCACUGAAUGGAUCCGGUUUAUGGAAAUCAAGUAUUACCGUUUCGCUGAUACUAAGGCUCCUGCCUUUACCGGUGACGAGGAGGAACGGGUAGUGACCACUGAGCGGCCAGAAGUGGUCGUGUUUUUCAUUCCAAAUGCCGCACAUCUAAUACCGACCGAUGAGGAAUGGGCAAAAAUAAGGGAGUACUACUCCUCUAUUUUGCAAGGCUUGCUGUCUCCGGAGAAGGUGGAAGCCGAGACCCUUCCUGAAGUUGCGGACACGGAUGCAUCCAUGGCCGAUGCCAGUGUCGAUGAGGCUGAAGAAACCGGCACUCGAUCAGACAUGGAACCUACGCAUUACUCCAAGUUAGAUGUAAACGCCUUGAAGGUAAAUGAAUUGCGAAACGAACUUGCUGCUCGUAAUCUUGACACGAAGGGCUUGAAGGUUAACCUUAUUUUACGCUUGCAAGCCGCACUCGACGAAGAGAAGAAAGCGGACACCACCGGCGACGCUAAAUCCGGAACAGAUGCUAAAUCCGAGGAGACAUCAGCUAAGCCUUCAACCCCAACGACACAGUCGAAGGACGAAUCAAAGGAGCUGACUGAAAAAGAGCGCCGCCGAUUGGAACGCCUUUACCGUCUGAAUGAAAAACCAGUUAUCAUUGUCCACCCAAACAAAAGCGCCAGAGGAGGUCGCUUUGAUUGCCAUCGCGUAUCACUCUUCUCUCUCCUUGAUUAUCGCACCGAUGAGCAAAAAGAGCACAACUUUGAAGUCUCCUUAUUUGCUGAGCAGUUCAAUGAAAUGCUCCAGCGUGACUGCGCCUUCGCGAUCUUCAAGGCCAUCAACGAUGCGCCUGAGAAGGAACAUAAACCUGAGCAAGACGGAAAGUACGAGGAUUAUUGUUGCGCUUAGAUUAGUGGAUAAUGUGACACCCUUCCGACGUGUCGUCCGCUGACGAGUCAUGCUGGACAGGGAUGCUUAGGCUUUCUUAUAUUUUCAUGAGUCUUCUUUUCAGCCGCUGUCGAAUAACCUGUAAAAUGCAUUGCUUUCAGGGUGGAGAAUGGGUUGGAAGAAGAGGAGGACAAAGAGCCAGAAGCGAAACGCCACCGAAGUGAUGCCGUAGUGAAGGUCGAAAAGAAUGAGACUCCUAAGCCUCGUCGCCUACGUCGGACCACUUGUCCAGAUCUGCUAUUUGCAUUUACCUAUUACGACAUCGGCCAAGCUGGCUACCUUCGGGAACAUGACUUAUCUGAACUCCUUCAUCUCUUAGGUCUCCGUUAUUCCCGCGCUCAGGUAAGUUGAGGUAGUCUAACUAUAUCUGUUAAUCAGAUGAGAAAACUGGUGGCGAAAGUGGUCACGCGCCGUGACCAUAUACAGUAUCACCAUCUGACUGACAGUGACAUUAUUGAAGGCGAUGAGAAGGACGUUAUAAAUAUCCGCACAAACAACGACGAAGAUAAUGAGGUUACAAAAAUGCUCGCGUUAGGGAACAGGGCAUUGUUUGACACCGAACAGUCUCCCAUCCCAGCCAGAAUAAUAAUUGGAGGAGGCGACACGACAGAUCUCACCCAGCGCCUGGAACGCGCUGAAGAAGCUAAACGUAAAAUGGAGUUUCAAUUUUUCCAGAUUAAAGACGAACUGGGUGAGUCCUACCAUUCCUUUAGAUUUCAUUGUUGUAGAAAAAACGCGGACGAAGUUAAAUUCAUUCAAAGAUACGGAGGAUUCGCUGAAGGCCGAGAAUCAAGAUCUGUCUUCUCGUCUGAAAUCUGAACAGAAGCAGUUGCAUGAAUUGAAGUCUACAUCAAAUGUGUACCAUCAUCUACUGCGAGCUGCCAGAGACCAAAUGGAUAGACUUCUGUUUGACAUAAAUAAACAGUUCGACGAAGAGAAGGCGAAACGAGAAGCCAAGAAAGCAGCGGCCGAGGCUGAAAAGAACCAGGGAGAGGAGAACAAAGAAGCAACUGAAGCAAAUGGCUUAAAGCCGGACGAAAAUGAGAAAGCCGAAGAAAAGGAGUGGCAAGUGGUAGAUGCUGUUUGAUCGCAGGAAGUAAUUGCAUCAAUCGUCAUUACUGGCCUAUGUUUCGUUAAGUAUAGUGUAACUGUCUAACUAUGUCCUUUUAUUACUGUACUCAAGGCAAUUAAAGUUCAUCCUUUUCAU